UCUGUGUGUGUGUCUCAGAACCAGGGGGAACACACAAGGGACACCACGGACUCUCACACACACCCACACACACCCUCACACACACACACACGCACACUAACACACACACACACACUGAAGCCCAUUAGGCCGGCCGGUAUCGGCUGUCAGAAGCAGCAGUGCGGAGAGAGACAGAGGGACAGACGGACAGACAGGGGGAAAAGACAGGCAAUAGUUGGACGGACAGGCAGUAGUGGGACAGGGGGAGGGGCCUGCUGUGGUUUAUGGACUGUACUGAUUCUGCUGGACCCAGAGAGAGAGAGAGAGGACCCACACCAGCAGCAGGACCCUCAGCAGUGUGUAUGAGUGUGAGUGAUUAUGUGUAGGGAGGACAGUGCUAUGGAUCUCCAGUCCACACACAGGAGGACUGCUGGACUGACCGGGCCACUGGUGCUGCUGGUGCUUCUUCUGCUGGCCCUCACUGCCCCAACCUCAGCCUUCAACCUGGACACCACAGACACCCUGAAUAAGGAGGGCGAGGUGGGCAGCUUCUUCGGCUUCUCGCUCGCCCUGCACCAGCAACUCUCUCCACAGCCCAAGAGCUGGCUCCUGGUUGGGGCUCCUCGGGCCAGAGGUCUUGGGGCACUGAGGAACAGUCACCCUGGUGCUUUAUACCGGUGUCCAAUCACAGCAGAGGAGUAUGACUGUGAGCGAGUGGACAUUGAUGGAGAUGUGAGCCUGGAUCGGGAGAGUAAGGAUAACCAGUGGCUGGGUGUGACGGUGAAGAGUCAGGGGAUUGGAGGAAAAGUGGUGGCAUGUGCCCACCUGUACGAGCUGAGGCAGCGGGUCAAUGAACUGUCUGAGACCAGAGACCCAAUUGGACGCUGCUACAUGCUGAGUGAGGACCUGACGGAGAGAGACGAUCUGGACGGAGGAGAGUGGAAGUUUUGCGAGGGUCGGCCGCAGGGCCAUGAGCAGUUCGGGUUCUGCCAGCAGGGACUGGCGGCUAGCUUUACACCGGACAAUAACUAUGUCCUGUUUGGAGCGCCUGGAACUUACAAUUGGAAAGGCGAGAUGCGAGUCCAGCAGCUCAACCAAACCCUGAUACACAUGGGGUUUUACGACGACGGCCCCUACGAGGUGGCGGGCGAGAAACAGCAAAAUGCCAUGCUGAUUCCUCUUCCAUACCACAGCUACCUGGGCUUCUCUGUCGAUUCAGCUAAAGGUAUAAUGAGCCGGGGGGAGCUGACCUUCGUGGCGGGAGCGCCGAGAGCCAAUCACACGGGGGCGGUGGUGCUGCUGAAGAAGGACAACGUGUACCGGCUGGUGCCAGAGUAUAUCUUGUGGGGGGAGGAGCUGGCAUCCUCCUUCGGCUACUCUGUGGCCACCACCGACCUCAAUUCGGAUGGCUGGACUGAUCUAAUAGUGGGAGCGCCUAACUUCUUUGAUCGCAAAGCUGAGAUCGGUGGAGCCGUGUACGUGUUCCUGAACCCAGCGAGCCACUGGGAGAAAGCUAGGCCCAUCCGCCUCAAUGGAACCUACGACUCCAUGUUCGGCAUGACGGUCAGCAGCGUCGGGGAUCUGGACCAAGAUGGUUAUGGAGAUGUUGCAGUUGGAGCUCCAUUUGAUGGAGAUGGGAAGGUGUUCAUCUUCAGAGGAUCUGCCAAUGGCAUUGAUACUAAACCCUCUCAGGUUCUGGACGGGUUAAAUGCAGGUGUUAAACGCUUUGGAUAUUCGAUAUCAGGAGGUCUAGAUAUUGAUGGAAACCUGUACCCAGAUCUAGCAGUGGGUUCCCUCAGUGACCAGGUGGUUCUCUACAGGUCGCGUCCGGUAAUCCAUGUGGUCAGGGACAUUUCCUUGGAGCCUCAGCCCAUUGACCUGACCCAGCAGAACUGCCAGGGCAGAGACGGCGUGUGUGUGCGGAUCGAGGCAUGUUACACUUACACCGCCCACCCAGAAACCUACUCACCUCACAUCACUCUGAGUGUGCACUUUGAAGCAGACACAGAGCGCAGGAAAUUGGGACUGCCCCACAGAGUCUACUUCCUGGGACGGGCCGCGUCCGAGCCCGAGUACGUCCACACUAAAGAUCUGGAGCUGAGGGGUCAGAAACACCCAGCCUGCCAAACCGCCACCUUCGUACUGCAGGAGAACAUCAGGGAUAAACUGCGUCCUAUCUCUCUGGCGAUCACACACACCAUAAAGAAGACCCGGCACCAAGGCCACUUCGGGGAUAAGCACCUGGGACGGCUGAGUCCAGUUCUGGGAGUCAGUCUCUCAAACACGUACUACUCUGAGGUCAAUUUCCUAAGAGAGGGCUGUGGUGAGGACAAGAUCUGCCAGAGCAACCUGAAGCUCAGCUACCAGUUUGGCACCAGAGCUCCCACUUCAGAUAUCUUCACCCCAUUACCACUGGACGAGGACGGUGUUCCUGUGUUCUCGCUGUCGGAUCAGAGGUCAGUGGUUCUGGAAGUGACAGUCAGUAACACGCCCUCUGACCCAGAGAACCCGCAGGAGGAUGGUGAUGAUGCCCACGCUGCCCAGAUGGUGGUCACUCUGCCCAGCACACUGUCCUACUCCGGCUUCAGAGGACAGCAGGUCGUGUGCCAAGCCAAUCAGAAUGGCUCCCAGGCAGAGUGUGAGCUGGGAAAUCCUGUCAAAAGAGAUGCAGUGCUGAAAUUCUACAUCAUACUGAGCACCUCGGCGAUCACCAUUGAAACAACGUCUCUAUCUGUAGAUCUUCUGAUGUCCACGAUCAGUGAGCAGCCUGGUCUGACUACAGUCACAGCAUUCGCCAAAGUAGUGAUAGAGCUCCCUCUGGCGGUCAGCGGACUCGCUCGUCCUCACCAGCUCUUCUUCAGUGGGGAGGUGAGGGGCGAGAGUGCGAUGAAGACUUUGGACGAUGUGGGCAGUGAAGUGGAGUAUGAAUUCAUGGUCACCAACACCGGCCCGUCCGUCCAGACUCUCGGCUCGGCGUUCCUGAACAUCAUGUGGCCUCAUGAGCUGGCAAACGGGAAGUGGCUGCUGUAUCCAUCCGGCUUGCACAUCGAGGGUCACCCGCAAACCCACUGCACCCCCAAGUCAGCCCUGGACCCCCGAGGACUGCGGCCCAAAGAGAACCACGUUCAGAACCUGAAGGCCAGAAGGAAGACUCGCUCACAUCCAGAGGAAGAGGAGGAGGAAGGUAAGACCAUGACGAAGGGCGGCCCACCCAAUACCACGCCCGCUGUGGCCGCUUCUGAGAGGAGGAAGUCUCUGAAACUGGACUGUUUGUUGGGUUCUGCGCGUUGUGUGCUUCUCCAGUGUCCGCUGCACAGUUUCUCGGGUUCGGCCUUAUUCAGGAUCAGCGCCCGUCUGUGGAACACCACAUUUAUAGAGGAGUUCUCAGCGGUCAGUGCGCUGGAGCUGCUGGUCAGAGCGAACAUCACCGUCAAGUCCAGCAUUAAACAUCUAGUGCUCAGAGAUGCUGCAGCACAGGUUCCAGUAAUGAUCUACCCAGAACACGGGCUUUCAGACCAGUACUGGAUCCCCUGGUGGAUCAUCCUGAUCGCGAUUCUGGCCGGAGUUCUGGUUCUGGCUCUGCUGGUCUGCAUUCUCUGGAAGUGUGGGUUCUUCCGGCGGGCCCAGUAUAAAGAUAAGGUUCCUCAGUACCACGCUGUGAAGAUCCCACGACAAGAACGUUCUCAGUUCCAGGAUAACAAGUCCACCGUUCUACACAAGAAGGAGUGGGCGACCCACUGGACUGACGUGUCCGGGUCCUAAUGUUCUGGAACUUUCCUUUUUCUUCCCUCCCUCGCUCGUCCUCAGCGGACCCGGCCCGAAGCGUCCCGUCCCGACGGCAGCACCUGGACGCUGGGCACCUUUAUACUGCAUAGACUUUAUAACUGCUACCUUUACUAACACACACACACACACACACACCUUCACACAGCUACAUUAGAGUACACAACUAAACCCAUAGAACUGCUGUGUGCACUGAAACUUGUCCAAAAUGUCCUAUUAAAAGUUCUACCAAAGGCCUACAGUACAUGCAGAUGUGCCUAUAGAAAAAAAAGUUCACCAACUUUCUCUCUUCCAAAAUUCUCUCUAUAGUUUAGCAUCACUUAAAAUAUGAAAAAAAUCCUUCAGAAAGGGUUUGAUGGAUGGUGAAUUGAUGGUGUAAAACGCUUCACUUCUACGUUUCUAGAUAGUCUUCCCCAGUCAGAAUAGUGUACAGUGGUGGUGAAUGGAAGCAGACACCCGGACCUCUAAGCCCCGCCCCCACUAAAUGUAUUUGAAAUGUAUUACACCAAAUGGCCAAAUAUGAAUACUCUGCCUGAUGCUGCUUCACACCUGUUUUCAAAUUCGCAUAUCAUUAAAAUGGUGGAGGGAUACGUAUGCAAUAUGCAGGGAGUAGUGCAGCAAAAAGUAGUGCCUAAUGAUUAUCCCUAGUGUUAUUUAGGUUUUCUGCUGUUUUACCAUCAUCACCAUUCCAUGCGAAAUUUAGAAAAAGACUAAAAUUAAUUAUUUUCGAUUAUAUUUUGUUUCUAUUCACCACCACUGUAAAUCAAUUGCUCUUCCUAUAUUUCUAUAUUUUAGAACAAACUAGGGAUGCACCAAAAUUAUAAAUUUAUUAGGCGAGAAUCAAACUAAAUAAAACAUUUGCCCAAACAAUACAAACAUUUUUUUCUUACAUACUGAAUUUAUUUAUGUUUUUUAAUAUUUCCACACAGCUGACAUUUCUUAAAAAUUUUAUUACACAUGUUUACAUGGCUAUUAUUGUUCUUUUGUUUAGACUAUUUUAUUUAUAUUUAUUUAGACUUGUUUAAUAGAAAUUGGAUUGGACUUCUUUAUUCUAAUUAGAGUAUACACAUGGGCAUAUUCUUUUCCGAUCAAGCUAUUAGUUGGAUUAAAAUCAACAAGUUUUUUUUUUUUACUUUCUAUUAUGUUUAUUUAUUCAUUUGGUUUGUUUGUCUAAUUUUUGGUGCAUCCCUACAACCCCAAGCCCAAGCCCAAUCUUGCCCAAUUUUGUCAAAUUGUCAAAUUUGUCAAAUUUUCCUUAUGAUAAACACACAGCAUUAGUCUUUAGUCUUAGGCUGUUUUUAGGUUGUUUUAGGUUGUUUUUAGGUUGUUUUCAGGUUCCGGUGCAGACUGUUGAACUGUAAGACUGUAGGACAGCAGCACUUCUUGUUUAUCAUCUCAUCUUGUUUUAAGUGUAGCAUCUGAUAGAAGUGCCUUACUGAACUCCUCAGAUUAGAAUCAGAGGUGAAACCCACCGUUUUAAUUUCUUCAUCAUUUAAAUGAAUGAAGAAAUUAUGACAUGUGUCUACAGAGAACUCUGCUAGAUCUUUUCUGAUUCCAGAGAUGUACAUCCAUAAGAUUCUCAUGGGUCUGACCUUUAAUAAUGUUCCUAAAUGUUGAAUCUUUCACUGCUCCAGUAAAAAAAAAGAAGCCAGUUUCAGGAAUCUCCUAGUUAAUAAACCAAUAGAAGCUGUAGGUUCUAUUCUAAGAUUCUAAGGUUCUAGAAGUUACUCAGUACUGUACAAACUGAAGUACUUUUGUGCUUUUGACACCUAUUGCAGUCGUUGUAUCACAGCUGGAUGGAAUAUUAGGAUUAUCUGGUCCAACCUGAAUGAACAUCAGAGAGUUUAUAGGUGCACAGCUUUAAUAUUAGAUACACUAAUCACCACAUUUACUCUAUUAAACUGUUAAUCCAGACUAAGUACUGGAGGUUCUCCGGUUCAGAACUGUCCAGACUGUUUUAUAUUGUUCUGAAUUUUCUUUUUAAGUUGUUUAGUUUCAGUUUCAUAUUAAAUCAAUACUAUUGCUGUAUGACUGUUCGGGUGAAAACGGAGCAUGCACGUUCCUCACACUGCUCACUUCUUAGCGAUCUGUUAAUUUAAGCAAUAAUAAUAAUAAUAAUAAUACAUAUUGCCUGCGGCCUCAUGCCUAUGACCACAGCACAGCAGUGCCAAUAUUACACAUUAUAGCACGAACCUAGAGUGUACUAUUGUGAUUAUACCACAGUUUAAUUAUUACUGUUUAUUAAAAGAUUUUGAGUUAUAAAAAUGGAGAAAAUACGAUCUGUUUGGUUAUAAAUACUCUGCAAGCUGUUUGUAGCUGCGCUGUUUGGCUUGUAAGCGCUGCAUUGUUGCUAGGUUACCUAUAUGUGAUGGAGUAGUACAUGGAGGGCUUCGGUUACAGUCCUUUACUGGCUGAUAACGUUACUCACAUCGCAGGGUCGGAACUAACUGUGGUAUAAUAUAAUAUAGAAUGUGGAAUUAAUCCCCAAAUUUUUGGGACACUUGCUUGUUUUUUUUUUUUUUUAAUCUGCUUUUGUUGCAGUAACUGCAUCUAUUGUCCAGACUAAAGACUUUCGGCUAGAUUUUUUAGAAGAGUAGAAACAUUGCAAUGGAAUGGAUUUGAUUGCAUUCAGAAAGAAGAAGACAAGAGGUCACCACUCCCAAACUCUUCCCAUUCAAAAUUCAAAGUAUUGGACGGAGCUC